UUCUAAUGUUAGAACCUGAAUUUUGGAGAUUAGAAUAAAAACUGAAACAUCAAACUGGACCGCUUAAACUGUUGAAUCAUUUGAUGAAUAUGAACGUUGGGUUUUACAGCUGAUUUGAUGUUUUAAAACACAGAUCUGCUAAUUCCAGUUGUGCUUCCUCUGUCAGGUCACUUCUGUGCACACAACAAAGUGUGUCUGAUGAAUGACUUUAACACACCGACAUAAAAACAAGAUUAAAACAGAUAACAGCAGUAACUUUACUGUUGUGUUUGAUUAGUCAUAAGAACCUGUUUCAACCUCACAGGAGUGAUCUUCAAGGCUUCAUCAUCAUGCAAAGAAUGAAUACAUCAUCUAAAUUCAAGGACAUCAUCUCAAAAAGUCUCCAGAUCCAGUCAGGAUCCCCAUCCGUUUUCCAACUCAGCACAAAGAAAGAGGACUUUGGGCCUCUGACUAGGAUAACUCUCGGACAGAAAAACUUGAACAAGGCCAACAGAACGGUGCUGCUGGUUGGUGAAACAGGAGCAGGAAAGUCUACUGUCAUCAAUGCUCUGGUCAACCACACCAUGGGAGUGAAGUUUGAGGAUGAGGUCUGGUUUAAGAUUGUAGAAGAUGAGAAGAGAGGGCAGACUGAAAGUCAGACAUCAGAUGUGAUUGUUUACGAGAUCUUUGGGUUUGAAGAUCAAACUCUGCCGUUCUCUUUGACCAUCAUUGAUACGCCUGGAUUUGGAGACACCAGAGGGAUUGAAAAAGAUCUUAUUGUCAGCCAAAGAUUGUUUGAGUUGUUUAGAUCAGAUGAGGGAAUUCAGGAGAUUCACGCUGUGGGUCUGGUGGUGAAGGCCACAGAUAAUCGAGUGAAUGAUCGCCUUUCAUACGUCUUCAAUUCAGUCAUGUCUCUGUUUGGGAAAAACCUGGAGAAAAGCAUUGUGGCUCUCAUAACUCACUCAGAUGGAAGACAACCUAAAAAUGUUCUUCAAGCUCUUGAAGCUACAAAAAUAAGAUGUGCCAAAAAUGAGAAGAAUCAACCUAUUUAUUUUCUUUUUGACAACUCCCAAAGUGAUGACCGAUCAAAGGAAACUGAAUUUAUAAAAAUUGCUACUGAAAUUUCAGAGAGAGGACUGAGAACCUUUACGGCCUUCUUGGAGAAGAAAACAGCCCAAAAACUGAUGGCGACUACAGAUGUCCUGAAUGAACGCAUCAGCCUGACAGCCUGUAUCCAAAACCUGCAGGAGAGAAUCCUGCUAAUAGAGAGGAAACAAGAGGAACUCAAACAAACUCAUGAAGCUCUCAUCAAGCAAGUAGAAGACAUGAAUAAAUCAGAGACAUUCACUGUUGAAGUUGAUGUUGUUUUCAAAGAAAAGGAGCCUCUGAAAAGUCUAAGACUUUUCAGGCAAAAUAUUUUUGAGAAAGCAAUGGUCUGCACCAUCUGUAAGGAGAACUGCCACUAUCCUGGCUGUACACUUGUUCGCAGUCCCCAACACUGUGAGGUCAUUAGAAGAGGGCAUUGCACUGUCUGUACUGGUAAAUGUCCUGCAUCGGCUCAUGUGAAGGAAAACUGGAGAUAUGUCAUCAAGACCAAGAAGGUUAAGAAGACUGUAGGAGUUAAGAAAGAGAUAAAGACAGAGAAGGGUGAUGUUGAGAAGAACUUUAAUAUUGUCAAAGGUCUUGUAAAUGAAAUACAGAAACUGAGAUCAGAGAAGUUCCAGCUCAUCGAUGAAGCGUACCAACAUGUUAUGAAACUGGAGGAGAUUGCCCUCAAAGUUAAUGCUGUGACCACUUUGGUUCACUUGGAUUUCUUGAUUGCAAAGAUGAAGGAGAAAGGAGACAUGAAGAAAGUUCAGAAACUGGAUGAGAUGAGGACCCAAAUGGAUGAAGGAACCAAAUUAGCACUGCAGUAUUUGUGGGGCAGAGUAACAAGCGUGUAAAGAAGUGAAGAACAAACCUGUUUAACAAGAAAGUGUCAUGAGGUGCAUGACCUCUGAAGGCUGUACUUCAUGAAACUGUGAUCAGGUUUUUAAUAAAGGAAUUUAACAAAGUAUUUUGAUAAGGGCAAAGUGAUUUAAUUAUUUAAGAUAAUAAAUUGCGUUAUCAUUUGUUCAACUAUUAUUUAAUCUUUGUGGUAACUUGAAAAUAUGAUGCAAAAUAUCAGAGAAACCACAACAAUUAACCAGACUGCAUUUCUUGUUUCUUGUGAUGAGAAGCGAGAGUAACAAGGAGCAAACCAAUAUGUUAUGACAAAAAUGAGGAUGUAUCAUAAUGAUAAAAUUGCAAACUUGAUAAAUUAGCAUUAUGUUGGGACCUGUUAGUUUUUGCAAUCUUUUCCACUAUUCCAAUAAAAGUUUGUAUAAAUGUAAAUGUAUUCAGAAAGAUGGUAUGUGCAGCUAUGUUCAACAGUAAUUACACUACUCUUGGUAACCCGUGUAUUAUAUUUAACAAUGGGUAGGUUAGUGUUGGUAUUGUUCUGACUGUAGAACAAUCUAUAGGAAAAACACUUAAUUUUAAAUGUUUUGACACCAUUUUGAUGCAUUAAAAUGUUCAUAUAAUUCAAAGCAUAGAUCAAAAAUAUUGAAAAUUGUUUUUGUUUUACCUUCUUAAGUAUUUUCUUGAACUAAACAGAAUUAGUUCAGUUGAAAUUCAGAUGUUCUCCAAAACAAUUUGCCUUAAAAGUACAAGUUGACUGUGUGCAGUGUUGACUAGUAUAAUACAUCAGUUUUAGCUGUAAAAUAGACCAGAAAUGCUGUCUAAGUUUAGCUCAAUAUUUUGGACCAUUAACACUUUUUUUAUUUCCUUUGUGACAUA